AGUUACCACCAUGCAUCAUUACCAUACAUGGCCUCUAGCUGCCGUAGCUACUGCUGCAGGAUUCUUGUUGUUGCCGUGGUUUUAUCGACGAUUCAAAAAACCAGCACAUCCACGUUACCCGAAGCAAACCAAUCAUUCCUCUGACCAAUUCGUUCUCGCCGCCGGAGCCGUUGCUUUUCUGAUUUCUCAAGAUAAGCCGCUCAAAGUCUGCCUUGUGUACUACAAAAAGCGAAACGAAUGGCUUCUCGCCAAAGGGCGGAAAGACGAGGGUGAAGACCUCGCGACAACGGCAGUUCGCGAAGUCUUGGAAGAGACGGGCUAUGCCUGUACGCUUCUCCCUGUCGCACUACCCACACGUGCCACCCUUCCUUCCGCGUCAGUAGCUCACCAGGAAGAUAUACCGAGACUGUCGCAGAACUGUACAGAAUCAUUCGCUAUCACCAUCAGGCCCCUGCAGCAACCCAAGAAUGUGAAACUGAUAUUCUGGUACGUCGCUUCGUUGGAUGAUCCCGAGGGGGCCCCUUGCGUUGGGACGCAUAUGGUAGCAGAGGGGUUUGAAGAGUCUGUGUUAUUCGAAGUUGACAAGGCUCUGGAGAAGCUCACCUUUGAGGACGACAAAGACUUGUUGCGUUUGGCUGCAAAGUAUGCUGAGCAGUAUAAAUGCGACCGCAUGGCGUCUAGAUAAUGCAUAUGAAUCCACACUGUAUUCAAUACAUUUCCUGUAUCUCCCUGUGAGCGUUUUUUAUUAUUUAACUCGGAGCGACCCAGUUCGUUUGACGGACCUGUCAGAUACCAGCUUGUCCAUCCAGCUUCCCUUGAUGUCUGUAUGAUCGCCAAGCGCUAACGGACUAUUUUUGCUAUC